CACAGCCAUAUCGGAGACUAGCCCACAGCUGGAUUUAAAUUUACGCGUUGUCUUUUUCACACUUUGACCUUUUUCACUCGGAUUUACAAUGGGUCAAAAUCAGCAAGCUCAGUCAACCAGCGAAGAAGAGUUGGAAGUAUCGACAAUUCAAGACCUCUACAGGAGGUUCAUCAAUGAGUGCCCCAGCGGUUCGUUGCACUUGCACGAGUUCAAAAGGAUGUUUGGGGUUCAAAACGAUAAUUCGCCAGAAUCGCAAUACAUGGAGGGCAUAUUCAGUGCGUUUGAUAUGAAUGGGGACAACACCAUGGAGUUUAUAGAGUAUGUUGCUGCGCUAAACCUUGUGCUUCGAGGACGGCUCGAGGAUAAACUCAAGUGGUCUUUCAAGGUGUUUGACAACGAUGACAAUGGGCGACUGGACAGGCACGAGCUGAGAAUAAUUAUAAGGAUCAUCUACAAGAUAAAGAAAGGUUCUGUCAGUGACGAGGCAGGCCAAAUCCACCUUACACCUGAAGAGGUUUGUGACCGUAUCUUCCAGAAAGUUGACGAGAAUGAUGACGGUCAGAUAACUCUGGAGGAGUUUGUGGAGGGGGCAAAGAGAGACCCCUGGGUACAAAAACUCAUACGCCUGGAUAUCAACCCCAGUUACUGGGUCCACCAGCACCUGAGUGACAGAAAACUCCAGGGUCCAAAACAAUGAACUAAAAUGUCAGACAGGGAGGAAGACAUUGGUUCUCUCUAUUAAAGAGGAUCCGAACCAAAACAACAACUUCUCUGGUUGAAAACGGCCUGUAUUCAAUAUCAUCGACUCUACUCCCAUAAUAGGAUAACAAUAGGAUGAUCAUAAAGUCAGUAUCUCUCAAAAUGGGGAUUUGCUAGAUUUAGGAAAUGAAUGACGUUGCCAAAUCCUUGGAUAUUUGAGGAUUGUGUAUGGAUUUCAAUUAUUCCCAGCAUACUCACUCUCCGAGGAGUCAGAAGAAAGCGGAUGUUUCCAGUUUUCUUGGAUACAGUAUUUUCAACUUCCAUUUCCCCUGAAAAACGGAUGUGGGGACUUCGCUCAGGCAUCUUUUUGCACCUGCUACAUUAGGUUAGAGCAUCCUGCAUGAUAUCCAAUUGUAGCAGCAGAAUCAACCUACAGCCCAUUUCUUUACAGACAGCAGAAAUUCACAAUUGAGUCAUUAGCAUACAUCGCCUCAGGACUUAUUUGAUUGAGACCUUCUCCUACAAUGGCCUUCUCCUACAAUGGGUUUUGAGAAGGAGGUGAGGAGAGAGGACACGAAGAGUAUGCAUUUGAGAUUCUCCCAUUCAAUUUGUCGGGACAUGCUCUGCAAGGUGUCGAAAGCGUUCCA